AUGCCUUUGAACAACCACAAUGUCAAUCAUCCUGACCCCUCACAGUUAUAUAAAAGAGGUGACCGCCAAUUCCACCGCAUCUAUAUAGCUUGUGAGAACUGCCGGAAGCAUAAGGCUCGUUGCGAGCUUGGUGGGAGUGGCCAAGGCAUAUUUGCAUUUUCCGGACCCCCAUGCGCUCGGUGUCGUCGAGAAGAGCGGGAAUGUUUGUUCAGCGAAGGCCGCAGCUCGCGAAAACGUCGCAAGGUUGGCACGCCAGCGAAUCAGUCUACCGAUACGGCUUCGCCAAUAUCCUCAGCUGAUCUUGCCUCCCAUGCCAUCGCCAUCCAGAUUGGUAGAGAUGUUCCCCAUACAAAGCUCAGCAGUUCAAUAACCGCUCAAAAUCUCAUAGGACUAGACCAAUCUGCUCCAGAGUCACGAACAUUACACAAUCAUCACGAUGUUAUCAGACCAACACCUGUUGCGUUAAGGAAUACUUACAGUGAUUGUGCUGGUGCAUCGGUAUCGGUGGCUGAUCACAUAGGAUCAACACAUAAGACGCCUGACUACUUAGAUGUUCCAUCAAUAAAUGAGAACCAUCUGAAUGAUGUCAUUAUGCGAAAGGUGAUUUCCAAGGGCAAUGACCCGAUUGAUCUUCUUUUUGAGGCUGCGGCUGCGGCUAAUCAAGAGGAUCCCAUCUAUUCAGGGCAGAGCUCUGCAGUAUUCAUGAGUACUCGCCGUUAUAACACGGAUUUGAACACUCGAUCGCGCACUCCCUCUACAAGAACCAAUGUGCAAAAUUCAUCUGCCAAUGCCAACGUUCUGUCCGCCUGGAAUUUGUCCCGAUGCGUGAAAAUGGAAUUUCUAGCGGCAGAAGAAGCUAUAUUCUUAGCCGAUGAAUUCUUCCAGAACCUGGCGCCUCAUACUCCAAUCUUGAUCGAGUCCUUUGAUGGCCACAAAACUUAUCAUCAACAUCUCCCAGAGGAGCCGUUGCUAUGUCCUACAAUCCUGCUAAUCUCUGCGCGUUACCAUGCUCUUCCAGGAACCCUGUCUAGGGCCCAGGUGAUUCAUGAUGAACUGUGGAGAUAUGUCCAGGCAUUGAUACAGCUCAUCUCUCUUGGCCAUGAUAGGGUGUCCGAACAUAGAUUGCGUUCAAUUUCUUCGAUUGAGGCACUGCUACUUCUUUCCGAAUGGUACCCGCGAACAAGCCAAUCUGUAGCUUCCACCUAUGAUUGGGCUUUAGACCUUCCAGAACUGCAGAAUCCGCCAGCCAAUAUUAAUACUUCGAUCGAAGAUAUUGUAGGGCCCGCAAAGCUGGCUGACCGCAUGUGUUGGAUGUUCCUAGGCACUGCACAGUUACUUGGACACGAGAUGGGGAUUUUCACCAAGCAAGAUCAUCGAGACCUUGAGAACUCUGGGUCAGGUUCAGAGCAGUUCAGAAGGCUGAGGCUGCAGGAAUUAUUGUGCAUCUAUGUCACUCAGAUCGCUGCCAGACUUGGCUUCCACUCCAUGAUUGAAUCUUCCAUCGGUCACGCAGCUCUAAGCAGAUUGUCAAAGCCAACCAACACACUUAUUGUGGCCUGGCUUGACCUGAUGAAGUUAUCCAAAUCUAUCCAUGGAAUAUUAUUCUCAUCUGAAGCUAGAAUGCGCGAGCUUCUACUGACACAAGGUUACGUUGAGCUCUUGGAACACUUUCAGCCGCUGCUUAAACAGUGGCAUGAGAAAAAUCUGAAAGACUAUCAGAAUGCUCGACCUUCAGCUCCAAAAUCGAAGGAACCACUCGAUGAUAUCCUUUUCAUUGAGUAUCAUACAGUGAGAAUGUACACGAACUCGCUUUCAGUGCAGGGAAUGAUUCAGCACACUCUUGCUCAGGACACUAUCAAAUCUCCCCGUUAUACCCCAGGCAAUCUUGCGGCGAUCAGCACGGAGCAGGAUCCUGGAUUUCAUUUUGUUCAGCAAGUCAUCAGCGAUGCUAGGCAGAUUCUCGAGCGAACUGUCGAGCUAGGGAAAGCCAACCUUCUUCGCUUCCACCCUAUGCGGAUAUUCCACCGCGUUCUAGGCGCCUCUAUUUUCAUCCUCAAAGCAAUAAUCCUUGGUAUUCGAGACAUCAAGGCUGACACAGGUGCUCAACCUGUCAGUCUGGUGAGUCUCCUUGAGCAGACCAUUCAAGCUCUAAAAGUCUCUUCAGUGGAUGAAUCACACCCAGCGGCAUGCUAUGGUCUCCUUCUGGAGCGAUAUUUUACAGGUAUUCGAUCGAAAGGCAUCUCAUCAGCGACUGCCAGCAUCCCGAGUGCUUCAACUAUAGUGGAGAAUGAUCCUCAGGCCCAUUCUAUUGACCCCACCGAGACCUGGUAUUCUGAGAUGUUCGACCCUUACGUCCAACUCGAUUUCUCGCAAGAAUUUGGCAGAUUGGAAGAUCUUGACCUGUGUUUUGAUUUUGGAGACUAUCGCUUUUAA